AUUUUUAUUGUUGCUGAAGUCAUUUUAUCAUAAUUGCACCAUCAAAUCUGAUAAUAAUGUGCUGCAUGCGAAUGUGGAAAUGUCGUUCACGGUGAAUCGAAAUCUAAUUUUAUAAUCUAAUCUAAAACCGCAUGAUAUGAAUAAGGCUGUUGUGACUUGUUUUAUUUAUUUAUUUAUUUUGGUUAAAUAAUGGCAGCGCAUCUAAGUGACGCCCGUGAACAAUGCUCUUCUCUAACCUCUCCUUAGUCCCUCUCUCGGUGGACUUCGACAGUCCCGAGGACUAUUUCGUCUUCAUAUUCCAAAUCGUGUUCGCCACCACUGCGGUUCUCGUGGCAGGACCGGUAGUCGUGGCAAUUGUGCGCACCAGAGCGCUGCGCCUGCAAAACAGGUUCGUUUUCAUGCUGAACACGAGCAUUUGUGACACUCUGGUCGGACUUUCAGUCUAUUACCUGGGUCUGUUUGAUGUUCAGGAGGGGUUUCCGUCUAGAAACGGCACUUACAAUAUUCUGUCUUACCUCCUCGGCGUGAACAUCAUGACGUUUUUAUUUGCGCAGUUUGACAGGUAUAUCGCCGUGUGUCAUCCUUUCAUUUACUCCCGGUUUGUAACCCGGCGAGUCAUCGUCGCUAUAAACGUCUACUGCUGGUUUCACGUGUACGGACAGUGGAUUAUUUCCUACACUAUCCCCGUGUCCAAAGCCAUUCAGCUGUACGUUUUCACUAUUGUCUUCUUACAGGCCGUCGUGCUCACCAAAGUGGCCAUGACUAUCAAACUGUAUGUCGUUGCCAGGUACCAGCUCGACAGAGACCCCCCGAGUGCAGAGAGAGAAAGCAACAGGGAGUCGUUAAGAAUCAUCAUUUUUGUUGUCAUAAGCUUCUUGGUGUUGUGGGGUCCCUCUUUUGUAAAUAUUAUACUCAGACUGAUGGUGGGAAAGGGGCUGUCGUUCAGGAACGAGGCCACGAACCUCUUCGCCAUCAUGGCUCGUUUGAACGCAGUGUGCACACCUGCGGUGUAUCUGUGGGGGAGUCCGGCUCUGCGGGAGGCCACGAUGAGGACAGUGUGGCGCAAACUGUGCCCGAGAUGUAAGAGGAGAAUUGGCGCAACUCGUGUGAAAGGAAACGACAAAGGGAGGCCGAUGAAGAGUCACUGACAGUGAAAACAAGGAAUCCUCGGCUUCAGUGACACCAUGGACAUUAGAUUAUUGUUUUCAACAAGAAAUAUACACAUAAAUCAUUUUCUUUGCAGAUAAAUAUUGGCUGUUACUAGAAAUAAAAUUCAGUUUGCCUGUGUUUGGUGCAGCUAAAUCUGCAGCGCUUUGUUUUAUUUUAUUUUCCUAUAAGCCCGAUAAGCAUUAUUUAAA